AUGCUAGGAUCUGUAACUGAGGGGAGUAUUCAGGGCUGGGUCCAGCACAACCUGGAACAAUCCAUCAUGAUCACUGGGCAUGAACGGAACAACCACCUGAAAUGGCAGGCGGUGGAGCACCUGUUUCCGGUUGAAGUCCAGUCCCACGACUUCCUCACGUAUGGAUUACUUACCGCUGGAGCUGAAGCAGCUGAUUGUGAAAGAGCCCUACGAGCCCUAGCCCAGGUGAACCGCCAAUGGAACCGGGUGGCUGGUUCCCACAUCUAUCGACAUCUCACCAUUCACCUGGAAUCUUCAAUCCUCGAGCCUCUUCAGCGCGUGCUCCAACUGCUGGAUCUCAGUCACAUUCUGCCGCAUAUCCAGCGGUUGACCCUCGUCUGCCAAGAAAGUCACCGGUCCAUCUAUUGUCAUCCCCAACAGGAUGACCGGGAAUACUUCCCCGAGAUGGAUCAGAGUGAUUCGUAUCAGGUCCCAUUGAAGAGGGACAGUCCCGCCGAACUGGGGCGAUAUCUGGAUCAAACCCCCGCGGAGGACAUCAUCCCGCCCCGUAAUCUGGGCGGAUACAAAGGCGACUGGACCCCCGUCGUCCGCCUCGUGGAGCAAUUGCACGGUCUUCAGCAGCUUGAUCUCCUGAUGUUCCGACACUAUCCGCUGAAGCUGCUGGAUACGCUGGCGGUGACUCAUCCCCACUGUCGACUGUCGAUCGUCGCCCAGAACCGGCGGGAUGCUGGCGGAAUCCUGGCGACACGAUGGAUCCACUCUCCGGUGCUGCAUACCAUCCAGAUCGUCCAUCCGGAGGAUCAUUGUGUUCCGUUCGUGGAGCACCCUGAUCGUGCCCUGCGCGAUAUUCUCCGACAGGUCCCGUAUAUCAAGCGCUUGUCAUUGCAGCUCCGUCCCGGUCGCGGGUCUGCUUCUCGCACGUAUCAUGACUACCACCGGUGGCUCCGGUCCCAGCCUGCGGAGAGCGGGAUGCAUCCAGCCUCGCGAGCAUGCCUCGAGGUGCUCGCAUUGCCGUUGAGCACGACGAUGACACGCGAGGGGUUGGAGGCCUGGUCUGGGGUGGUCAAUUGGCAGUCCCUCACGGCGUGGGCUCCCGGGACGAUCGAGGACAGUACUGUAUUAAGCACAAUCGCAAUCCAGCAACCCUUCCAAGCCCUCCAGCGGCUGACCCUCUUUCUCCGGCCCCCGGAGGGUGUCGACUAUUGGGCGAAUUGGACCCACGCGGCCCAAAGAAUGUUCGACGCGCUCCCUCCGCUGGUCUACCUGUGCUUACUGGGGCCAUACGAGCAGACCCUCCUCCUGACGGUGCUCGACCGGCAUGGUCCCACCCUCACCGAGCUACAGCUGGACCGUGACCAGCCCCAAUAUCAGUCAGGGCUGACCUUCAGCCGACUAGCACGGAACGGACCCAUUGCCCCGAUCUUCACGGCGGAAGUCAUUGCUGGCGCGGCCACCCGCUGUCCCGUGCUGCGCACACUGCGGAUCUGCGUGCAACGGCACCGCGGGCAUCCGCUUGAGGUGGCCGCAUACGACGCGCUGGGCCAGUUCUCGGCGUUGCAGACUCUGGAUCUGAUUCUCAUCUGCCUCCCCGCGGUUGUCAUGGCCGAUCGACCAGCCUCCGCACUGACGCCCUUCCCGCCGCGAGCGUUGACUGCCUUGGAGCAAGAGCUACUUGACGGCCAUUGUCCCAAGUGGAUCGUUCGCGACCAAGCGAUUAAUGCCGCUAUCGAUGAGUUGCUGGCCACCGCCAUCUUCAAGCGCAUUCAGGGGGGUCAGGCGACUGCGGGCAGGGGGCGCCUAAAGUUGCUCCGCCUUCACCCGCGCGUGGGGCGGUUGGCGCAUUACCAUGACGAUAGAUCAGUCGGAGGUCUCAGACCAUUGGUGCUGGGGAGAAGUCAUGAUCUCUACAAGGAGAUGGCAGGGGCGUGGCAAGUGCAGUGCAAUAAUUCCUCGGGGGUGGGGAUGGUGCGGGCGGAAAAUCAGUAUCGACCAACCCCGUGCCCUAGGACGAUGCGCAGUGCAGAGCUAGAGAUUUUCGAGUCAAUCUGGCCGUCGAAUGAUGGGCAAACCAACAGGAUCUGGCCACUCGCUUGGCAAAGUUGGCCCUUACAUUCCCCCUCCCAAGCCACUCCACACAUCAUCGAUGCCCCGGGUCGCCCCCUGAAAUUAGCCCGUGGUGCAUUAUUUUCUCGGAGGUCAAUCAUGCACUUCCAUCUCCUUGCCCUCCUCGGCGCCACAAACCCCCUGAUUGCGCUCGCCGAUACAACCCACCUGGCUACCUCCGUGCUUAGAACAGUGACCACCACCGAAGUCGUAACGGGCAUCGAGAUUGUGGUUGGGGCCACUAAAACUGUUCCAGGCGAAACUAUCAGCACCCCUUCCCUUGAGUCGGCGACGAGCACCGUCAACCCCAUGAACCUCACCGGAAGGCUGUCGGUUCUAGAGACUGCUGUGCCGACGAGCUGGUGGGAGAGAAUGAGGACCGACCCAGCAUUCUUCUCAUCCGAAAUCAUCGCGGAGAGAUCAGGUGUUAUGCCGGCCUGGUACUCCAACCUGCCAACUGCUGCAAGGGCUAUCCUUUCCAGUGAGGAAGCGAGGUACGCCUCCCUGCUUUCCUCCGAAAGCGCCAUGGCCACUGGGUGGUUUCCGAAUUCCCGCGCAGACUCGUCCUCUGCCUCAUCCGCGACUUCGGCUGUCAGCCCUACUCGAUUGAAGGCUUCCAGCUCUACCGGGGGCGCAGCUACUGCUACUGGCAUGUGGGCGAUGGGUGUUGCCGGUGUUUGGGGGCCUCUUGGUCUUGGGUUGGCUCUGUAA